GAUUCAACGGCGAUUGCCAGAGUUUAGUCAGUACUGCUCCCUUCACAAUGUCGAUCGCCACCUACGAGGAAGUCCUGGACCUGCCCAACCACCCGGAGAAGCUGCUCGUGGACGUCCGAAACCCGGACGAGCGCGAGAAAACCGGGAAAAUCCCAACCAGCAUCAACAUUCCAUUGCCAACGCUGGAGGAAACUUUAAAGUUGUCGGCCGACGAGUUCAAGGCAAAGUAUGGACGCGACAAGCCGGAACUUGGGACGGAGAUGAUUUUCCACUGUGGUAAAGGGGGACGCGCGCAGAAGGCCGCGGAUGCGGCCACAGCUCUUGGAUUUGAAAAGGCAAGAAAUUACAAAGGAUCUUGGAGCGAGUGGUCAACUAAGCAAGGAUUAAACUAAGUUUGUUGAAAUGGCUUUCGAAGAGAAGGAAUAAAUCGUGUUCAACAAA